AUGUCUCUCCAGAAUAAGCUUUCCAUCACAGACCUCGACCUCAAGGGCAAGAGAGUCUUCAUCAGAGUCGAUUUCAACGUCCCUCUCGAUGGUACUACCAUUACCAACAACCAGAGAAUCGUUGCCGCUCUCCCCUCUAUCAAAUACGCUAAGGAACAAGGCGCUAAGGCUAUCAUUCUUGCUUCCCACCUCGGCAGACCUAACGGUGAGGUCAACCUCAAGUACUCCCUUAAGCCCGUUGCCGCUGAGCUCGAGAAGCUCCUCGGUGAGAAGGUGACCUUCCUCCCCGAUGCUGUCGGCCCUGAGACUGAGGCCUACGUCAACAAGGCCACUGAUGGUGAAAUCAUUCUCCUUGAGAAUGUCCGCUUCCACAUUGAGGAAGAGGGUUCUAGAAAGGUCAAUGGCGUCAAGGAGAAGGCUGAUCCCGCCAAGGUUGAGGAAUUCCGCAAGUCUCUCACCCGUCUUGCUGAUGUUUACGUUAAUGACGCCUUUGGCACCUCCCACCGUGCCCACUCCUCCGUUGUCGGUGUCGAGCUUCCUCAGCGUGCUGCCGGUUUCCUUGUGAAGAAGGAACUCACCUACUUUGCUAAGGCUCUUGAGCACCCCGACAGACCUUUCCUUGCCAUUCUCGGUGGUGCUAAGGUUUCCGACAAGAUCCAGCUCAUUGAUAACCUUAUCCCCAAGGUCAACACUAUCAUCAUUGGUGGUGGUAUGGCUUUUACCUUUAAGAAGACCCUUGAGAAUGUCAAGAUUGGCAACUCUCUUUUUGACGAGGCUGGCUCCAAGAUUGUCGCUGAUCUCGUGAAGAAGGCCAAGGAAAACAAUGUCGAGAUUGUUCUCCCCGUUGACUACGUCACUGCUGAUAAGUUUGACAAGGACGCUAAGGUUGGCUAUGCUACCGAUGCUGAGGGUAUUCCCGAUGGCUGGCAGGGCCUUGACGUCGGUGAGAAGUCCUCUGAGCUUUUCGCUGCCGCUGUGGCCAAGGCCAAGACCAUCUUGUGGAACGGUCCCCCAGGUGUUUUCGAGUUUGACAACUUUGCUACUGGCACCAAGAAGCUGCUGGAUGCUGUUGUUGCUGCCGUUGAGGGUGGUGCUACCGCCAUUAUCGGUGGUGGUGACACUGCCACCGUCGCUAAGAAGUACGGUGCCGAAGAUAAGCUCUCUCACGUCUCGACCGGUGGCGGUGCCUCCCUCGAGCUUCUUGAGGGUAAGGUCCUUCCAGGUGUCGCUGCUCUUUCCGACAAGGCUUAA